ACAGCUCAGAGAGAAAACUCGCCCAGAAGCUCCAGGGGAACAAGUUCUUUCCUUUCCAGGUGCAGCAGCCCAAAGCCAGCUCAGAGAUUGCAGCCGGUUUCCCACUCGGGCGCAGAGUGAAACCCUGAGGACUGCAUUUUGGGGGUGAAUUCCAGGGAGGUGGGCAUUCUGCCUUCCCCACCCCAACCCCCCGUCCUGAGCCUCCGCAGUGUUUGUGCCUCCGCAGUGUUUGUGAUGGAGUACUACAAGGACGUGCUCUGGAAGGGGGCCCUGCUCUUCAGCCUCUCGCUGGUGGCCAGUGUCUUCUACUUCAAAGCGGAAAAGGGCUCCCAGAAUUUCGCCGGCUUCUUCAUCUACGGCAUCACCAUUGGUCUGUGGCUGAUCGCCAGCAACAUGAACAAGCGGCGGUUGAUCAUCAACCACAAUAAGGAGCUGUACCAGUUCUACAUCAAAGGCCGUCUCUGGCAGGAGGGUCCCUUGUACCAGAUCUACGUGCGCCUGGUAGCCCAGCGGGACUCCUAUGGGAAACUUUUCUACAGCCUCAUUAUUAACGGAUACCGCCUGGAGAUGCUCACCUUGGCCAGUCUCUCCAGCAAGUUUGAGCAGAUAGAUGUUCUCGGGCGCCGCAUCGCACGCCAUCUGAAUCUCAACUACUUUGAUUAUGAAGAUAUCUCCACUCGCCACGUAAUCCGGCACAAGCCGCCCGAGAUCGAGGAGGAGGAGGAGGAAGAGUUGACUGGUUAUCAGAAUGUGUGAUUGGGGGGGUUGCCUAUUAAAUAUGUGGAGGGGGCAGGAUCAGGCCCUCGGGAA